AUGAGCAAAGAUGUAUCAAUCGGGUGGAUGUAUGAAGGCGCUAAAGGAAAUGUACACCGAGAAGACUAUUUACUCGGAAAGAAAGUUGACAAGAACUUUGAAAAGUAUUCCGAUGUGGUGAAUGCGCAGAAAGCAGAAGCAAUCGAUUCGAUUGUUGGGACAAGGGCUGUCUUCAAUUCCGGACAAUCAACGGGUUUAAAAACUUCUUCACUUCAGAAAGAUAUUAUCAAAUCCGAAGAUCCAUUUGUCGCCGUCAAGGUUCGAGAAGAAACAAAACGUCGGGAAAUCAUGGAUAAUCCUCUCACAAAAAUGCGACUUCAAGCCGCGCUGAAAAGUAUGAUGACCUCAAAAGCAGAGAAAAGUAAAGAGAAAAAGAGUAAAAAAGACAAAAAGAAGAAAAAAAAGAAGCGAUCGUCGAGUUCCAGUGAUGAAAGCAGUGAUGAACGGGUAGAAAGAAAAAGAAGACGCUCGCCAUCGCCGAAACGAAGAAGAAGACCCAGCGAGAAGCCCAGAAAGCGUUCUAGAUCGCCCAGAAGAGAAAGACCAAGAUCUCCAAAGCGAUCCCGUGAAGAGUCCAGAAAAUUGUCCCGGAAACCUUCCAGUUCUCGAUCGAAAUCUCCAAGACGAUCCCGAGAGGAUCCCAGAAAAGUUGCCAGAAAGCCAUCCAGAUCUCGAUCAAGAUCCGCAGAGCGACUCCGCCGGAAAUCCAGGUCUCCGAGGCGAUCCAGAGAGGAACCAAGAAAAAUGUCCAGAUCCCGCUCCAGAUCUGCCGACAAAGCGAGCUCUUCAAGACAGUUUGAUUCUCACAUUCCACGUCACCUGCAGCAGCAACGAAGUCGUCAUGAUUCGAGCUCAGGCUCAGAAUCUGAGCACGAAACUCGGAGCAGUCACCGCCGCCGGAAUAGUGAUGAUGACGAGCGACAGGAUCCGAGAAAGAAGUCAUAUGGCUUGGUUGAGAUGCGAAAGCGAACAGCCGAGGAACGUGAAGAAGAGUCACGGGCGCCCACCAAGGAGUACAAGCUUGUCAAGAUUCCCACAGGACGUGGUACCGGCAAUACGCCAAGAGAGCCGCGACGAGCAUUGAGUGAAGCAGAGAAGGCGGCUCGGCUCGCCGAAAUGCAGCAGGACAACGUGAAAUGGAGGGACGAGAUUCGCGAGAGAAAUGUCACAAAAGGACGGAAAGAGGAUGAUGAGGAGAAGGAAGAGGCGGAUAAAAAUGGAUAUGCUCCAUCUUUUAUUAGAUCUCAAAUGCGCGAAGCCUGUGACGAUAUGACAGUGGAGAAGCGUCUACAAAGUAAUAAACGCGGUGUUCAACGAGCACACGGGUAUAUGGAUCGGAGUUUUGCGAAGAAAUGAGCAAAAAUUGUUAUUUUUAAACUCCCAUGUUUUGUUGAUUAUAAAAUAUUGAUUUUCUU